UUCGAGUCGAUGACGGAAGCAUACAAGAUCCUUAACGAUCCGGACACUAAGAGGGUGUACGAGGUGCAAGGGAUGCGAGGGAUCAAGGGGAAGUACAAGCCCAAGUUCGAGGACCCGCUGAAGGAUCCUGUGAACAUCGAGAUGGCGUUUAAGACUGGCAGCCUCAAGAUCGACUUCGGAUUCAAGGAGGGGCAGCAAAAGAGUACGGGAAAUGUUCACCACAACAUCAAGAUUCCUAUGAUCGGUUUCUACACCGGUUUCCAUAUGGACGUCGGGAUAGUCAGGGGAGAGAUCUGCCCCCACUGUAACGGGUCGGGGGCGGCGGAGAAUGCGGAGUUGCUCAGCUGCCCUGACUGCAAGGGCACCGGCAAGCAGAGCAAGACGUUCACGGGGUAUGAGACUACACUCGUCGUAAACUGCAAGAACUGCGAGGGAUCCGGAAAGCUGGCGAGCGAGCCUUGUCCUCGUUGUAAGGGAAAGAGGACGAUCGAUGGGAAGGUGACAGUGACGGUGAACAUCGAGCCCGGAAUGCUGGAAGGCCAUGCUUUCACCUUCAAAGAGCACGCCGAACAGAUUCCUGGGGUCACUUCGGGUGACGUCGUCCUUCAUAUCUACUCCGAGGAGCAUCCAGACUUUGAGCGGGAAGGACACGACUUGGUGACCUGGCAGAACAUCUCGCUGAUGGAGGCGCUCCUUGGGUUCCAGAGGGAGAUCAAGCAUCUGGACGGGAGGAUGAUCAAGAUCGAGAGGAACGAGGUGACGAAGCCUGGGCAGAGCCAUGAGGUGCUGGGGAUGGGAAUGCCCAUCUACCAGAAGCCGGGGGAGUUUGGCAAGCUCAUCAUCAAG